AUGGUCAGUCAGGCAGCCAUGCGAGGCCAGCGUGUGGUGGAGAGCGAGUACAGGUGUUGGAACCCGGCCGUCUGGCUCCUGGUGUCCUUGUUGGGAUCCCUCGUCUUGGUGACCCUCAGUGUGCUGCUGCGACUCGGAGACUUGAAAAUAAACAGACGGGCUGUAUCCACCAAUACCGUGCAAUCCCCCGAGAGGACGCAGUACCAAGUGCAACUGGUGAAUGGACGUAACCGAUGUGAGGGUCGCGUGGAGGUGCGCUACAAUGACACAUGGGGCACAGUGUGUGAUGACGACUGGGACAUGGUGGAUGCCAAAGUGGUGUGUCGGCAGUUGGGCUGCGGAUCGGCGGUGGCGGUGGGCAGCAGCUCUCAGUUUGGUCAAGGCUCAGGGCUCAUCCUGCUGGAUAACGUGGACUGCAAAGGAAGUGAGACAGACCUCAGUCAGUGCAACAGUCUGGGCUGGGGCAUCCACAACUGUUACCACUAUGAGGAUGUGGCCGUUACGUGUAGAGAACCAUCAGUGGUGGGGGCAAAAGGUUUCGGGGGUCUCACAACACCGUCCUCCAGGAACGCAGGUUUAGGAGAUGGCACCGUUCGUCUGGUGGGUGGACUGAACUCCUGCCAGGGUCGGGUGGAGGUCUACUACCAGGGAAGCUGGGGGACGGUGUGUGAUGAUGACUGGGGCAAUAUCGAUGCUGAGGUGGCGUGCCAGCAGAUCGGCUGCGGCCACGCUGUCUCGGCACACACCAACUCCUACUUUGGCUACGGGACAGGCCUAAUUCUCCUGGACAAUGUCAACUGCCAUGGCAACGAGCAGCAGCUGUAUAAAUGCAGUAGCCUGGGCUGGGGGAACCACAACUGCGGGCAUCAUGAGGACGCUGGGGUCACCUGCACUGGAUCCACUACUGCACCUCUUGUGAUGAACACUCCUACCGGAAGCCAGAGAUCAAUCUGGCUUACACAGGGCACUGCAGCAACAACCGAGGAAGUUACAGUCACACAAAGUACAACAACUGUUACCACAACUGCCCAGACAAAAGGCAAGCUAGCCAUUCGUGUGGUGAAUGGAAACAGUAGCUGCCAGGGUCGUGUGGAGGUCCUCUACAAAAAUGUUUGGGGCACGGUGUGUGACGACGAUUGGGACAUGCCCAACGCCAACGUGGUGUGCAGGCAGCUUGGUUGUGGCUUGGCAAUCGCAGCCAAGUCUAAGGCCUACUUUGGCUAUGGUUCUGGUCCGAUCCUGCUCGACAAUGUGGAAUGUAAUGGCAACGAAGGGGAGCUGUCCCAGUGCUUCCACCUGGGCUGGGGUCAGCACAACUGUGGCCAUCAUGAGGACGCUGGAGUUAUCUGUGCACCUUUUAUGCUCAACAUUGGACUUGCGCGUGACUUUAGAGUAACAGAAAGGAUGCCAACCACCACCCAACCACCCACUGAAGGAACGGUGAGGCUGGUGGAUGGCCAGCACAACUGUGAGGGUCGAGUGGAGAUGUACUCCAAUUCUGGAUGGGGCACAGUGUGUGACGAUGCUUGGGACCUCCCUGAUGCACAGGUUGUAUGCCGUCAGCUCGGCUGCGGGGAGGCCAUGGCGGCUCGGGGACAAGCUUACUUUGGGCCUGGCGCAGGAACAAUCCUGCUGGACAAUCUCAAGUGCAGCGGUACGGAGGCCUCCUUGCAGCAGUGCUCCCAUAUAUCCUGGAACGUGCACAACUGUGACCACUCUGAAGAUGCUGGCGUCACCUGCUCACUGUCGUGA